CCGGGAGGCGUGGCGGUGCUGCACCCGCAGGGACGGAGCUGCGCGCCGGGGACCCGAGGCGGCCGCAGCGGCUACGGCAUUUGGAGGGGGAGCCGCGCGCCCAAAUGCAGGGCGCGCCCGCCGCCCGUUGCUGAGCGCGCGCAGCCGCCGGCGAUGCUCCGCGCGCCGUGGCCGCGAGGUUUGAACUUGGCGGCAGCCCGGGAUCCCGCGGGGCCGGGUUGCGAUGAGACGUGUGUGCAGCCCCGGUCCAUGCAGAUCCCGGUACCUCUAACUCCAUCAGCUCAGAGCUGCUCACCUGCAGUCCCCAGCACCGGAAAGCGACAUGGUCAGGAGGGGUGAAACUUCGGCUAAAGCAGAGGUGCAGUGAACCUGCCGCUCGCCCACACUCGUGGCAUACCACCAAAUUUGGAGAGACCCAGGCUGACGUCAGCAUGAUGCGGAUAUCUCAGGGCACAGUGGGCCCUCCUUGGCACCAGAGCUGCCAUUCCAGCUCUUCUACGAGUGACCUCUCCAACUACGACCAUGCUUAUCUGAGGCGGAGCCCUGACCGGUGCAGCUCCCAGGGGAGCAUGGAAAGCCUCGGGCCCCGUGGCGGGUCCCCACCGUGCCAUCUUCUUUCCCCUGCCAAGUCCACGAGCAGCAUCGACCAGCUAGGCCACCUUCAUAACAAAAGAGACUCGGCCUACAGCUCCUUCUCCACCAGUUCUAGCAUCUUCGAGUACCCGCCCCCGGGUGGCUCUGCCCGAGAACGUUCAGGCUCCCUGGACAUGAUUCCUGCCCGGGGCGGCCUCCUAGAAGGGAUGAGGCAGGCAGACAUUCGCUAUGUCAAGACAGUCUACGAUACCCGGAGGGGAGUAUCUUCAGAGUAUGAGGUGAACCCUUCAGCCUUGCUUCUUCAAGGUAGGGAUGCCCACACCUCAGCCGACAGUCAGGGCUGUGCUAAAUGGCACAGCAUUCCUCGGGGCAAGGGAACACCUCCCCUGCCUUGGAGCCAGCAGUGUUCUGGUUCCCCGGAGACUGCGGACAACCCACCCCAUAAGGCUGGCGCGCCCAUGCCCCCAACUCGCAGUGACAGUUAUGUGGCCCUCCGGCAUCGUGAGCGUCCCAGCUCCUGGUCCAGCCUUGAUCAGAAAAGGUUCUGCCGUCCUCAGACGAACUCUUUGGGCUCCCAGAAAACCCCAUUCGUCGAGGAACAGCUACAUACCGUCCCAGAGAGGAGCCCGGAGAACAGCCCCCCAGUGAAACCUAAGCAUAAUUAUACCCAGAAGACGCAGCCUGGCCAACCUCUACUGCCCACGGGCAUCUAUCCGGUACCUUCUCCAGAGCCUCACUUUGCCCAGGUGCCCCAGCCCUCUGUGAGUGGUAAUGGUACAGUCUACCCUGCACUGGUCAAAGAGAGUGGAUACACAGCUGCUCAGGGAACUUGUAGCAAGAUGGCUGCCUUAGACGAGAACGGGAAUCAAAAAGAAGUGAGCAGGCCUGGGUUUGCCUUCUGUCAGCCCCCAGAACACGACUCAGUGACUCCGGUGGAGAAAAAGCCAGAACCCACGGCCAAAUACAUCCCCUACAAAGUCCAUUUUUCUUCAGUGCCUGAAAAUGAAGACUCCUCCCUCAAGAGACACGUCACACCUCCCCACGGCAAUAGCCCAUACCCCAGCGAGAGAAAGAACGUUCACGGUGAUGGCAGCAGACCGUGUUCUAAUCACCACAGUCUCCCGUCCGCUCAAGCCCAGGCCCCGCACGCGGGUGAUGAUGACAGGAGGCCUUCCAGGCUCUUCCAGCCCUGGGAGGGUGACUUUCAGGAAGAUCACAAUGCCAACCUCAGGCAGAAAGUGGAGAGGGAAGGCCAAGGCCAGGGCCUGCCAGGCAACUCUGGUGGGACCAAAUCGGCCUUUUCACCUCUCCAGAAUAUUCCAGAGAAUCUAAGAAGACAAAGCAGCGUGGACCUAGGAGAAGGCCUGGAGGUUUACCCCGGUGGCAGAUCCACCUGUGCCACCACCACCACCACCAAGGUGGAGGACCCUGGAAGGAAAGCAGGGCCCGACAACAGGGGCUACCUGGACAGGUCUGUUUCCUAUCCAAGGCCCGAGGGGAAAAUGAACGCUGCAGAAUCUUUCCACAGUGCAGACUCCAGGUAUGAAGAGCCCCUGGCCGCACCGCCGCAGCAGACAUCCGGUAUGAGCCAGAGGAGGCUCAGUGCCUGCAGUACCCCUGCCCUGCAGUACAAGAAACCCCACUGCUCCGUGCUGGAGAAGGUUUCUAAGAUAGAGGAGCGAGAGCAAGGGCGCCACAGACCCACGAGUGUGGGCAGCUCCGCUUACGCCCUCAGCUACAGGCCUGGUAGGACUGGCCCCACUCCUAGUACUUCCAGCAGUGACCUUGAUGAUCCAAAAGCCAGCAGCUCCCAUCUCUCUGAGUCCGCCACCGAGCACCUGCGAAAUGGGGAGCAGAACCCCCCAAACGGGGAGUCCAAACUGGAAGAGGCCUCCAGGCAGCAGUGCAACCAGCUGCUGAGGAGGGCCGCUGCAGAUGGCCGUGGACCUCCUGCCCGAGGCAGCGAGCCCUCAAGGCCCGAGGCCCGCCUGCUCCGCAGCCAGAGCACCUUUCAGCUCUUCAGUGAGGCGGAGAGAGAAGCCUCGUGGUCGGAGGAUAGGCCCAGCACCCCAGAGUCACCCCUCCUAGACGCACCCUUCAGCCGCGCCUACAGGAACAGCAUCAAGGAUGCCCAGUCCCGCGUCCUGGGGGCCACAUCAUUUCGUCGCCGGGACCUGGAACCGGGCACCCCUGCUACUUUGAGGCCCUGGCGCCCGCGACCUGCCUCUGCCCACGUGGGCAUGCGGAGCCCCGAGGCCUCGGCACCCUUGUCCUCCCCGCAUACCCCUCGGGAGCGACACAGCGUGACCCCGGCCACAGGGACCCCGCCUGCACCCCAGGCUGCCCGCAGAGGGGCACGCCGGCGCCUCACGGCCGAGCAGAAGAAGCGUUCCUACUCGGAGCCUGAGAAGAUGAACGAGGUCGGGGUCUCAGAGGAGGCAGAGCCUGUGCACUACGUCCCACAGAGGCCAGCGCAGCUGCGCUUCUCGGAGAGCACCGUGGCCGACCGGCGACGCCUCUUCGAGCGCGACGGCAAGGCCUGCUCCACGCUCAGCCUGUCCGGCCCUGAGCUGAAGCAGUUCCAGCAGAGCGCCCUGGCCGACUACAUCCAGCGCAAGACCGGCAAGCGGCCCACUGGAGCUGUGCACGCCGGAACCCGGGCUGCGCGAGCGCGCACAGAGCGUCUACUUUCAGGCGGUCCCCGCGGCGCCCGAGGCCCGGGCCUGGCCUCGGCCUGCAGCCUGAGUUCGCUACGGGAGCCCGAGGUGCUGCCCCGCAAGGAGCACCCCCAUCAGUCCGCCGCAGAUGAUCCACAGACGCCCCGAGAUCGCAGCAGCUCCUUUGCCAGCGGACGCCUAGUCGGGGAGCGACGACGCUGGGACCCUCAGGCCCCCAGGCAGCUGCUCAGUGGAGCUAACUGCGGACCCAGGGGCGUCCAGAGGAUGGACAGGAUCCCCAGAGGGCCGCCUUCCUGGGACAUGGUGGUCGGGAAGUCAGGGAAGUCCAAGUCAGCCGAGGAUCUGCUGGAGCGCUCGGAUACUCUGACCGUUCCUGUGCAUGUGAGGUCCAGGUCGUCUCCCACCUCGGACAAGAAAGGUCAGGAUGUGCUCCUCAGAGAAGACAGUGGCUUUGGUUUUGUGAAGGAUCCAUGUUUGGGUGGCCCUGGAUCUAGGUCUUUCAGCUGCUCGGACAGAGGCCAAAAGGAGCAGGCAUUGCCCCUGCACCAUCCUGCCACUUGCUGGAAUGGCUCAGGCUACAAAGCCACUGUGGGCUCCUCUACCGAAUCUUCCGGAGCCCCAGAUCAUCCGAAGCAACUUAGAGCACCUUGCCCUAGGCCACUUUCGGCAGGAAUGCACCGCCGCUUCCCAGAGGCCAGAGCCUCCUCUGUGGCCUCCCUCAGCUCCCUUCUGCCAUCACCUGUCCCCUCCGGUUACCGCUCACCGCUUGCCAUGGAUCAGCAGACGGGACAUCAGCCUCUCCCCUCCCCUGCCUCUGCAAUGACGCAGCCUCCCAGCCCAAGAAGCCAUGAGUUCAACGCCCCAGCGCAUGGGCUAGAGGAGGGAAUGUGGAAGAGGGCGUCCCUGCCUCAGCGACCCCCUCGACCUUGGAAGUGGGCCCACGCAGUCCGAGAGGACGGCCUUGCUGAGGACGCCUCGGCGGUGCCUGAGUUUGCAAACCUGAAGCACUAUAAAAACCAGCUGAGUCUUCCGAGUUCGUGCAGCACUUCUGACCCAGACACUCCAGGGAGGAUCUCUCUCCGAAUCUCCGAGUCAGCCCUACAAGCUUCCCCGCCACCCCGGGGGGACUAUGACGAUGAGGUGUUCGUGAAGGACUUGCACCCCAAGGUUCCUUCAAGCCCCACAUUUGAAGCUCUCCCCCCGCCCCCACCACCACCUUCUCCACUGAGCCAGGAGCCUCUAACGUGUGGCUCAGAUGACUUUCCUUUACCUCCUCCCCAAGCCAUGUGCGAGGCACCGCUGGAUGGGGAAGCAUCCGAGGAGCCCGGCAGCGGGUCCUGCGGACUUCCCAGGGUGACAGCCACGAGGGAAGGACAGGUGCCCGGGGCAGGCCAUGCAGAAGGAAGUCAGAUAAUGGCUGCCACCCCACCCCAAACUUCGGCUGAAGGCUCAGCAGCCGAGUCCAGCACUGCUGCCCGAGUGAGCGCCCAGCCUCCGCUCCACAGUUUUCCUGGCAAGCAGCCCUGUCCCAGCCAGGCCCGAAACCUCACUUACGAACCUGCUGACAGAACUCAUGAUCUAGGGAAGAAAACCCAUGCUGAGCCCCAGAAGACUUCAGAAGAUAUGCGAACGGAGGCUCUCGCCAAGGAAAUUGUCCACCAAGACAAGUCUCUGGCGGACAUUUUGGACCCGGACUCCAGAAUGAAGACCACGAUGGAUCUGAUGGAGGGUCUGUUCCCCAGAGAUGCUGGUGUGCUGAAGGACAGCGCUGAGAGGAGAGCCGUAGACAGCAUCAGGCGUGCUGGGUGGGAAGCCGAGACGAGCGACCACAAGGAGGCAGCGGGUGUGCUGGUCAACUGCCCUGCGUACUACAAUGUCUCUGCUGCCAAGGCGGAACUGCUGAACAAAAUCAAAGACAUGCCGGAGGAGCUGCGGGAGGAAGAGGAGCAGGAGGACGUCAAUGAGAAAAAGGCUGAGCUCAUUGGAAGCCUCACCCACAAGCUGGAGACCCUGCAGGAAGCGAAGGGGAGUCUGCUCACGGACAUCAGACUGAACAAUGCCCUGGGGGAGGAGGUGGAGGCCGUGAUCAGUGAGCUCUGCAAACCCAACGAGUUCGACAAGUACAAGAUGUUCAUAGGCGACUUGGACAAGGUGGUCAACCUGCUGCUCUCCCUGUCUGGACGCCUCGCCCGAGUGGAGAAUGUCCUCAGUGGCCUUGGUGAAGACGCCAGUAAAGAAGAAAGGAGUUCUCUGAAUGAGAAGAGGAAGGUUCUGGCUGGCCAGCAUGAGGAUGCCCGGGAGCUCAAGGAGAACCUGGACCGGAGGGAGCGCGUGGUGCUGGACAUCCUGGCCAAUUACCUGUCCGCCGAGCAGCUCCAGGACUACCAGCACUUCGUGAAAAUGAAGUCCACACUCCUCAUCGAGCAGCGGAAGCUGGAUGACAAAAUAAAGCUGGGCCAGGAGCAGGUCAGGUGUCUGCUGGAGUCGCUGCCCUCGGACUUCAGGCCCAAGGCAGGGGCCAUCUCCCUGCCCCCAGCCCUCGCCAGUCAUGUGACUCCUGGGGGGGGCCCUGCAUUCGGUGGCGUUUUCCCAACGUUGACCUCUCCUCUUUAAAACCUCUCCCGAAAGACCUGAGCAAAAGAUGCCACUCUCAACACUGUUGAAUCUGAAAGAUAUUUCACCACCAACCGCGGUUUGAGUUGUGGGUUAUUGGGGGCUUCCUGAGGAAACGGAAGAGACUGUCCAGGAGUCUUUGUGCCUUUCACGGUUGGUCUUCUAUGAGCUUACACGCAGCGGGAGCCUUUCCACUCUGUGGGAGGAGAGCCGGUGACACUGAGAGAGACCCGAUGAAGGGUGUCUGAUGUGCAGGUUUCCCCAGGCCAAGGCAGCACAGAGGAAGGUGUGGCGCCCUCCCUCAGGAAUGUAUCCACGGUGGCCUUCCUUGCUGGCGGGCAGUGCACCCUGACACAAAGCCUUAAAAAGACAUGCGAGUACACACAUUCGCACACACACACACACGCACACACACACACAUUAAGAAGACUGUUAACCCUGAACAUUUUUGUUAUUUAUAUUUUUAAAAAUGAAAAAGAUCAUUGUUUGUGUGCUAACCACUUAGUUGAUUCUGUUUUGCGGUGGAUGUAGACAAUUAUGUUUGAGCGUUGUAUUUCGCGAAAACCUUAAUGAAGAAUUCCAAAGAUAGUCAAGUUGAAUAUGGAGAUUUUUGUGGGGUUUUUCUUCUCAUUUGCUCUUUGAAAAAUCGAUUUGGUGUGUAUGUAUUUGAUACUGGGUGGCUGUGAGUGCCGCAGGUUACGUGCAGAAUUAGACAACUUAUGUGGGUUCUGAGGCUUGGACCUCGGCCAUCAGUCUUUUCACCCACUCAGCCAUCUCUCCAGCCCUCGUCAGAUGGUAAUAAAGACCAGUGGCCAUUCUACACUUGUG